CUCCAAGGCACGCAACCGAACGACGACGACGAGCAGUGCAAGCCAAGCAUUCUUCUCACGCUAGCUGUUCUCUCUGCUUCUUUGCCAUCAUCUCUCUCGGCGAGUUCGUCGUCGAUCGGUGUUGCAUAUCCACACCACCGGCGAGCAAUUUCUUUCUGUGAUCGACCGCGUCGUCGGCGAGCGGCCAGCUAGCGCCCAGCAGCAUGGAGAUGAUCGACGCGGAGCUGCGUCUUGGUCCGCCUGGGAGCAACAGCGACGUCGUCGUCACCGUCGUGCAGCCGACGAGGACGCCGGCGUCGGCGGCGGCGAAACGGCGGCCGGAGUCGUCGGUGGUGAAGAGCGAGGCGUCCGGGACGGACGACCAUGACGACGCGGCACCGGCCUCCAAGGUGCAGGUGGUGGGGUGGCCGCCGGUGAGAGCGUACCGGAAGAACGCGUUCCACGCGGCGGCGGAGGCGAGGAGGGCGACAAAGGGCGGCGAGCAGCAAGGAUCUGGCCUGUACGUGAAGGUGAGCAUGGACGGGGCGCCCUACCUCCGGAAGGUCGACCUGCGGACCUACGGCGGCUACCGGGAGCUGAGAGACGCGCUGGACACGCUCUUCGGUUGCUUCUCCUCCUCUGCCGCCGCCGACGGCGGCUGCCAGUUCGCCAUCGCCUACGAGGACAAGGACGGCGACCUCAUGCUCGCCGGCGACGUGCCCUGGGAGAUGUUCAUCUGUUCUUGCAAGAAGCUGAGGAUCAUGAGGGGGUCCGAAGCAAGAUAAGCAAGCAACGAGGAUGCAAGAACAUGUUGGAUGCAUGCAUGGAGGACCAGCAGAUAUAUGGUCGAACUUAUGCAUGAGAGAGAGAGAGAGAGAAGAAGAAGAUCUUUAUAUCGAUCAUUGGGUACGCAUGGUGCUCUACAAACACGAAAUUGAAGGCGUUGGGUCGUAUACCUGCUGCUGCAUGGGGAGGGCGUGGCCAGGCGCCAGCCCAUGCAUGCAUGCGUCGUCGUGUUCUACGGCCAGCCAGCCCGGCCGGCCCAUACACACAGCAUGGAGAUGGAGGUGCGGUUCAAGAAUCACGGCGGCGUACGCGUCACGCCGCCCUGUCAUCAGAUGGAAUGGACGGAUGAUGCGGACAGUGCUGUGGACGCCUAUAUGCAAAUAGCAUCAGGAAGAGAGCUACCUAGGAUUUGUACUGUGCACAUAAGCUGUAGCUUUUCAUUUGUAAUUUUGAGUUUUCCCUUUUGUAUGUGACCUGGGUGGAUGUAUAUUAAUUCAUUCUAGGGGGGGUGCAGUUGCACUGGCGCAAAAAUAAGAAUGAUGUGAUUAUUAGAGCUAAAUUUUGACUA